AAUAUUCAUGUCCUUCACAACUAUUGCAAGAAGUGCCAAAUGUACUCCACUCCGUAUUUGUUACUUCUCACUAUUUUAGUCGCACAUGGCAUAUCGCAAUUAUUUUAUGGACCGGAGCGGAGCGCUCAGGCAGCUAAGUGCUUGGUGCAGAGAAGGGUUGUUAGAUUGAUGGUAGGGCUGAAAUACAGAGAUAAUUGCAAGUAUGAAAUUGAAGCUGCUGACUGUGCCAAGUCUGCAUGUGUAUGA